UAAUACAGUAUAUAGCACGGCUAAUGAAUGCUUUAUCUAUCUAUUUUUCUUCCCAUUUUCCCUUCCCAAUAUCUCUGCCAUACGGCGAGUGAUUUGAAAGCUGAGUAAUGGCAUCAAUUGGAAUGGACCUUUCCCCACCUACUCAAAGUCUCGAAGAUAUACACUUCCCAUUAAAAUUUACACUUCGAGGCAAAAGGAAACGAACGCACUCACCACGGCAGCAGGAGAGCGAAAGUGGUGAGAGUAUUGGAUCCAAUUCUGAAGUUGAAAGCAAAAUGGAAGAGCAAUGCCAAAAUAUGAGUGGGGGUAUUGUUUCCGUGCAAGCCGGGCCAUUCGACCCCAAAGUGGAAUCAACAUUUGAUCUUAAAAGGAUCGCAACUAACUAUGGUUUCACAAUGGAAGAGCUUGGGGCACUUGAGCAUCUCUUCCUUGAAAAUGCUUCCUAUGGUAAUCUAUUCUUGAAGUUGGGAUCGGAUAAAGAGAAAUUUGAGUUUUUGAGCAGACAAAUAGACGUAUUUAACAGGAAGUAUGGCGGCAAUGACAGGCGCACGGCCAAAAGAAAGAGUCGCCAUGGUUGAGAUGCCACACGGAUUGGAGUAGCAACUGGCUUGCAAUUAUUAAAAAGGUAGUAUCAGAAUCUCUGGCGAUCCAUCAUCCUUUUGCAUCUUUUCAUUUGUUACAAGUGGAGUAGCAACUGGCUUGCAAUUAUUCAUCUUAAACCUUUCAUAUAUGAGUAUUUGUGAGCUUAGAUAGUAAUGGUUCUUUGAUGAUAAUAAGUAAUGAGUUUUAUGAUGAGUAAUAUAGGGUGUAUACUUAUGCUUGAAGUUUAAUGCUUCUAUUUCACCAAGUGUUUGGUAUUCCUUGUACUUAGUUAUUUAUUUUAUGAUUGCAUUAUCUAAUCCUUUAUUAUGUGUAUGUGCAGUACAAACUUAAGUGCUUGUUUAGCUAUUUGUGGUGAGGCGAUUAGCUAGAUGCUACGUUGUGUAUCUUGCUUUACCUAUCAUAUCUUUGGGUUGUAACACUUAUGUUUCGAUUUGAGUAUUUCAAACUGUUUAGGACAUUGCUAAUAUUUAUGUCUUUUGGAACUUAAUAUGAUUAUGGAUUAUUAUGUCAGUGAUGUACUUUUGGAGAUCUAUAUGUGAUCUAUGAUGUACUUAAUG